UCCUCCCUAGAGCCUUUUGCCAUUAUGUACUUUGUCUUCUACACAAUAAUGACUAAUCCGAUUCGCAUGACUUUAUGCUUUAGUCGGGUGUACGUUUCCGCCAUCGUCUCUAAUUUGCGAGCUAUAAUAUCAUUAGCAUCAGCAAAACCAAGCAGCUGUACUGACUUCGUUAAAACCGUUCCACUCGUGUUUAUUCCCGCUCUCCUUAUUAAACAGCAAGCACGAAAGACCAUCACCUUGCUGUAACCCUCUGCGAGAUUCGGAGGGACUCGAAAAUGUCUCUGAUACACAAACUACGCACAUCACUUGAUCCAUCGUCGCCUUGAUCAAUCGUAUCAGUUUAUCCGGGAACCCGUAUUCGUGCAUAAUCUACCAUAGCUGGUGUUGAUAGAUUGUAUCAUACGCUGAUUUAAAAUCGAUGAACAAAUGAUGAGUGGGCACGUUGUAUUCGCGGCAUUUUUGUAACACCUGAAGAAUGAUGAGCAUCUGGUCCGUUGUAGCGUGUACACCCAUGAAUCCAGCCUGAUAUUGCCCCACGAAUUCUCUUGCAACUGGUGAUAGACGGCAGCAUAAUAUUUGGGAGAGUAUCUUGUAGGCAGCGCUCAAUAUGUAGUGUGAUCGCGCCAUAGUUUCCGCAAUCCAACUUGUCGCCUUUUUUAGAUGGGACACACGAUACCUUCCAUGCAUUCCUCCGGUAAUACUUCCUUCUCCCAAAUCUUGGUAAUGACCCAGUGAAGUGCUCUCACCAGUGCUUCUUCAUCGUUCUGCUCCAGCGGCAUUAUGAGAAGGUUUUUGAAGAAACUUUCGAGUUAUAACAGUUUAAAUAAACCGAAGGGUGGCUAUGGCUAUACAAUAACACACUAUUUCACGGUAUCGUCUAUCAUUGACGACACGCUACGCUUCCAAUCUAUCUCGUCUUUUUUCGUACUCCCACCCAGUUAGCAGUUGUUGGUGUAUGCUCCUCCUGGUUGGGUGCAUGCAUCUCCGCGUAUUUUCCUAUCUAUUUCAAACAAAAGACGAAGCUAUACCGCACCGCCUGCGUCCAGCUUCAAAGUUCAACGGUUUUCCUACAUUAGAACGCAAUAAGUCGGCGGAAUCCUUUGUUUGAUCACAAACCGGUGCACGUGCUUGGCCGGGACGACGUCCGUUGGCAAGAUCUUCAGCUGUUUUACAUCUGCUCGGCCCCAGAUUGCCAAAGUGUGUUCUGUUUCCACUCACGAUCACAUCUUUACGUGCGCUAAUUUGUGGAACCAGUCAGAGGAGCGGGGUUGCUUCACGAUGGACGAGAGAGGACGCGUUCUCCCAAUGCCGGCCGAAUGCGCGGCCAACCCUCUGCAGAGGGCCCUCGCCGAUGCCAUCAUCCGGAUGGUCCCGAUGGAUGAACUCCGCAUCCUGCUGGCUUGCGGGGCCAAGGUCAACGAACAGGUCACCCAGGGCUUACGACCGCUGCACUAUGCCGUCUGGCAGAACAACGAGGCGGCCGUGAAUUUGCUUCUGGUGCGCAAUGCCGACAUCAAUGCCAUCGAUGAGGUCGGUUACAGCGCUUUGCAUCUGGCCGCGGAACAUGGAUUUUACGAUUUGGCCAAGAUACUACUGAACGGUGGAUGUAAAGUGGACUAUCGUGAACCCACUGAUGAUCCCUAUCCACGGACUACGCUUUGUGAUGAACCACUCCGACUGGCCCUGCGCAACCGUCACUACGAUGUGGCUAGGCUUCUGCUCGAGAGAGGAGCCGACCCUAACAAGCGUUAUUUCUUUGGUUCGGAAAUAAAUUUGGCCACUGAUAUUGAAAGCUUGGAACUGUUGCUUCGCUUUGGAGCCAAUACUGAAGCACGAGAUCGAUCUGGAAUCACACCUCUGAUGAGAGCUGUCCGUACGAAUGGAAACAUCGAUUCUGUACUUCUGUUGCUGCAGUAUGGUGCCAAUGUAAACGCCAUGACCGAUGCCAGAAACGACUAUCGCACCGUGUUGCAUUAUGCCGUCCUCUCAGGGAAUGCCUCCUUGGUCAAUCUGCUCAUCAAACAGGGCGCUCGGGUGGACAUUCCUGCGCCACUUCCGGAACCGGACAGACCCAGCCCGCUGGAUUUGGCAGUUCUACGUGGCGAUCCCACACUGGUACGGAUACUGUUGGAAAAUGGCGCCAAUGUAAACCGUUGCAGUCCCAUCAUCGGAUCUCCUCUGCAUGUGGCCUGCGCCGACAAUAUCCCGCACAGAGUUGAAAUCAUGAAGAUGCUCUUGUCAUAUGGUGCCGAUCCAAAUAUCCGUGUCGUUGGAGAUAUAGCAACCAAUGCCGUUCUAAGACCACCCCUUGCUGAACUGAUCGCAAGUAACGAAGACGUAAAACCUGAGGAGCUUCGGUUGCUUAUGAAAUACGGCGCUAGAGUCAUCCUCAAAACCCAAUUCCGCGACCCCGAGGGUAUACUCAACUGCCUCACGCACAUGGACCCCGAGUCGGACUCUUUCCGGAUAAUACUGGAAGCAGCGGAAGAGUUCGAUCCCUGCAUGAUCCGCCGCAACCAGCAGCUGAACGGCGACCAACGGAUGCUUCUGCUGGAACGAGCCACCAUCCCGAUGCCCCUCAAGUCCCGCGUGCGAGCUCACUUCCGGAGGCUGUUCGGCCGCAACCUGCCUGAAUUUGUACCAUCCCUGUUCAUCCCGAAGGAGCUGCAGAGCUACCUGCUGUACGAGCAUAGCUUUUAAGCGCCAGCUCGGCACGGCGCCAAUCCCGAUGACAGCGUGUAACGUGGUACAAAUUAUUUGAUAAACAUUUGUAAACUAACAUUUGAAGAAGAUGAAUCCCGAUAAGACUUGCCCUACGAGAACGAAUAUAUUCCUAAACAGUGAAUUGUGAAAAAGAAACGAAAAUUGAGCAAAAAUAACUAUGAUAGAUAUUUUGUAGGUUAGGAUUUGAUACUGAAAACUAUGGACAAUACUGCCACUUUUCAGAUUCGUGGAUCUCCCAUUCAGCCGGGACAUGUGGUCCUUUUUCCUGAUGAGAAUGUUCCACGUAUGUCGUGCGUGAAAAGAUUACAGGUAGUGAUUCAACGACCCUUGGCGGUUGUUUGUCAUAUGUCAUUAUAGGACGUAUGGUCUCAAUGCUAUUCUUAUGAAAACUCACCCAGUGAACUUUAGACUUUGUAACCGAUUCGUGAUCUAUUAAGUUAAAUUAUUUGGUAUAUUGGAAUAAAAACGUAUUCUGGA